GUUGAUCUUGCGUUAGCUCGCUAAUUCGACCGGGACCAGCCACUGUUUUCUCUACAUUGUGAGCCUUGUGGUGAAAGGAAACAACCAGACUGUUUUCACUUAAUCUCUGUGUAAACCGGGCUGUGUUGUGUGUCAUAAUAAGAAGUUGCUUUGCGAGUGAUUGCAUUCUGCCACAACUUUUAUCGGUACAGCAGGGGCAGUCGAAAUGUUUAUGCUGAGGAACUUGGCCAGGGGGAGUCACUGCUAGAGAUCCUGCCUCCCCCCACCACACUCCUCUCUACACAUGUGUUGUUAAUAGUGUUGAUGUUUGCUGAUCGGCCAACAAAGCAACAAGCAACCUGCACCGGGCGAUAGGUGCUAUGGAGGCCGUGUGAGGCGGCACCUCGGUGCCGUCGAACGUCACCCUGGAGCACGGCACUUACUCCGGGAGUACCACGAUCAACAUGCACACGCUGUUCGGGGACCAGAAUGGCUACUACCGCCACUCUGCCGCCGCCGCUGCUGCUGCCGCUGGUUACCCGGGCGCCAUGUCGGGGGCGGCACAUCACAUGAGCGCCAGCACCGCCGCCUACCCUUAUGACCAGUACUCCCGUUACCCCUACGCCGCGACCCCAUACCCACUGAACCCUCACCAACAACAACUCCAUCAUGGGCCGGUCAAGGACAUGGUGAAGCCACCUUACUCCUACAUCGCUCUCAUAGCCAUGGCCAUCCAGAACGCGCCGGACAAGAGGAUAACACUAAACGGCAUCUACCAGUUCAUCAUGGAGAGGUUCCCGUACUACCGGGAAAACAAGCAGGGCUGGCAGAACUCCAUCCGACACAACCUGAGCCUCAACGAGUGCUUCGUCAAGGUUCCGCGGGAUGACAAGAAGCCGGGCAAGGGCAGUUACUGGACCCUGGACCCCGACUCCUACAACAUGUUCGACAAUGGCUCCUACCUGAGGCGCAGGCGACGCUUCAAGAAGAAGGACGCCAUAAAGGAGAAGGAAGAGGCGCUCAAGAGACAACAGCAACAGGAAGGGCACAAACGGGCCGAGGAGAAGGCCCUUCUUAGCAGCAGUGCCACAGACACAAAGGUCCUGAAGUCGAGUCCCGUGGAGUGCAAACCUAAACGCGAACCCACAGUAGAACUGAGCAAUUGCAUGAACAGCAAAUACCAACAGCAAGACGUAAAGCCGGGAGUUGUCGUGGACCACCACAUGACGGAUGUGAGUAUGGACACCUCGGGGGUGGUGGGUACGUUCAGUGUGGACAGUCUCAUGACGGGGGGCAGUAGGGGCGGCAGCCCGCCACAACAACAGCAGCAGCACUUGAGCUACCCGGGUUCGCGUGGCGCGAUGUACUCAUACCACUGCACGGGACAGUAUCACCAGGGGAUCAUGCACCAGGACGAGUUGCUGGUCCCCACGACAUCCACUGCAUCCACCCCUGGGACCACCGCGACUCACCACCAGCUGGGGGCCACGCAACAGUUCAGUGGGGGGCGGCACACGGCUGCGGCGGCGAGUGCAGCCUGGUAUAGCACCGCAGAGGUUAGUGAGUCCACUUCCGGCUUCAGGGACCUGUUCGAAGCAGUACCGAACCCUAGUUGUCAGCUCGGGUUUCGCAGUUCUGCAGUGACGGCGUCUCCGCCGGCGAGCGCCGCGGCGUACAGGCCUCCAGCGUCGUACUACCAGCAGCAAGACUGCAGCGGUCCUCCCAAGUACUGAGUGAGUCCAGCAUGUUCCUCAUAACUUAUUCCAAAACAAGUGAGCCGAGACAAUGAACUAGACAUGUGUUGUCUUCAUCUUUACACGUUCCUUGUAGGUGUUUAGUUGUCGGGACUGUGUCCGAGUUGAGCUAUGUGCAUACUUGUAUAGUAAAUCUGUGAAAAUAAUGUAUGUAAAUACUGACAAGAGAUUUUAUAUAUAAAGAGAGUGCAUCUACAUAUUCGUCUUGACACUGGCACUGCCAUGGUAAUUUUUAUAUGUCACCAGAAGUAACGUUUCUUCUUGCAAUAUCAGUUCUUAUGCUUUGCGGCCAACUUAAACUAUUAAUGAAAAAUAAACACUAAAAAUUACAGAAAACUUUGCUACUUUUUACAUAACUGAAAACACUUCAGAAGAACGGCCAAUAUUGAUAAUACAAUUUUCACGCGAAUCUGUUAAAGCGAGACUGAAAUGAAACGU